AUGACAUCCCACGCCACCGAACCUCAUAAUUCGAAGCUUCCAAUUACUGAUCUUCCCGAAGUGGGCCAUACUGUGGAUUACGAAGACACUCCACGCUCAGAAGGAAGUCGUCGACGCUAUGUUGGCAAUUCCCAUCCCGCCGAAGGUGGGGGUUUAGUUUUGAGCUUCAAAAGUUUGACACGAGUUUUUUGGGCUGAAUUUUUCGGGACUGCGAUCCUCACAUUAUUCGGCACUGCCGCAAACAACCAGGUGGCCCUUAGUAAUUCUAGCGCGGUCUCAAACGCGCCUGCAGGAAACUAUCUUUCUGUCGCCUUCGGAUGGGCUUUAGCAGUAAUGCUGGGCGUGUACGUCUCAGGAGGAGUCAGUGGCGGGCAUAUAAACCCUGCAAUCACGCUUGCAAUGGCAAUCUUUCGCGGCUUCUCUUGGAAAAAAGUUCCAAUCUACUGGGCCGCACAGUUGACCGGUUCUGUGACGGGUGCAGCUUUGGUUUACUGGAAUUACAGGCAUGCUAUCGAUUUAUUUGAAGGUGGCGGCGGUGCCCGAACGAUUGAAAAGACUGGGGCAUUAUUUUUUACCAACCCGUUGAGUUUUGCAAAUGAAACUAUCACGAUACCCUUGUGGUCAUUGAAAUUCCCGUUGACCCUGCUUGCUUGA